UAAAGAGGACUGAAAACUGAAGAGUGAAGUUGAAGUCUCUCUUCAGUUUCUUUUAACCACAGACAGCGAACACUCAUCUUUUCUUCUUUAUCAUUUACUUCCCUCUGCUUACCACCCCACCCCCACCCCACCCCACCAGGGUAAAGAAAAGAAUAAACCCACAGGCCACAAUACAAUGUAUUGAAGAGAUAAAGAGAGAGAGAUUCAAAGGUUCAUCGAUGGAGUUUGAGUUUGAGUUUGACCUUGAAAAUCCAUUGCCAACUUCAGAUGCACUUUUUUUAAUUGAGACUGAUCACAUGCCUUCAAAAUCAUUCCUCGAGGAAACAGAUUUACAUGUUGCGGUUCGGCGAGAAACCAUUUCUUUGGUGUUACAUUUUUCUCAAAAUUCUGAUCCAUUUUCUUCUUAUCUUGCCGUCAAUUACCUGGAUCGGUUCAUUUCUACUCAAAGUACACUGGAAGGGAAGCCAUGGAUCUUGAGACUUUUGGCGAUUUCUUGCGUUUCAUUAGCACUGAAGAUGAGAAAAAAAGAGUUUUCUGUUACUGAUAUUCAGAAUGAUGGAGGUAUAAUUUUUGAUUCACACACCAUAGAGCGAAUGGAGUUGUUGAUCCUUGGUGCUCUAAAAUGGCGAAUGCGUUCAAUCAGUCCUUUUUCUUUUAUCCAUUUCUUUAUCUCAUUGUUCAAAUUUAAGGAUCAACCAUCAAGGCAAGCAUUGAAAAACAGAGCCACUGAGAUUAUACUAAAAGCUCAAAAUGAUAUCAAGCUCCUCGAGUUCAAGCCAUCAAUAAUUUCUGCCUCGGCUUUAUUAUGCGCUGCUCAUGAAUGGUUUCCUUUACAAUUUUCUAGCUUCAGAAAUGCAAUCUGUAGCUGUUCCUAUGUAAAUAAGAAUAGUUUGUUGAAUUGUUACAAUUUGAUGCAAGAAAUAGCAAUGGAUGGCUAUGAAUCAGUACUCGACAUGGGGUCGAGUUCAUUCACACCUGUCAAUGUGCUCGACUUGCAGUGCUCGAGCACCUCAAGUUCGACAGUGUUUGCUGAUCACAAACAAUGAACUAUCAGACGAAGAGAAAAAGAGAGUCACAUGUAUGUCAUUGUAUUAGUCGGAAUAGAUAGUGACACAAUCUUUGCAUCUAAUUGCGAAAAUAAAUAGAAGGCUCUGUUAUGUUACUUAAAUAGGCGAUGGUCUGAUGGACACAGAGGGAUGAAACUUUCUCGUAGGAAGGUGUCUGGAACAUAAAGCGUUAAGGGAUCAUGAGCCAUUCAAUUCAGUAUUGCAAAAUGGCUUGUUUGGCUAUGCUUAAAAUUUAUACUUAUAAAUAACUUCAGUUAUUUUAA